AACCACAACUUCUUCUUCUGAAACAUGUAAGGGCAAAACGUUAAUUCUCUUCCGGGGCUUGUUUUCGGUUAGGUUAUUUGAGUCUUCCUCCAGACUACAGUCUGACGCUCUCGUUUCGUCCAUUAUUCUCCCCGAACUGCAUAGUCCGAAGAAGUAGAGGUCUUGUAAAGUCUGGAGGGGCAGAAUCUCAACCUGUAAGCAUCAUUUUUGUUCUACCUUCUUCUUCUUCUUCUUCCUCUUUUGCUCAUUUAAUCUUCCUCUUUAAUUAAAAACUCUGAAACCGCAUUCCUUGUUCCUUGGGUUGAGUUGGGUUUCGAAGAACAUUAUGCUGUUGCAUGAAGUUUUAGUUUGUUUUCCUCGUUCUCCAUUAAAAGCUGUUUUUGUUCUUUCUUGUUUUGCUUUGUGAAACAUGUCUGAUGAAAUGGACGAAAUUAGGGUUUCUGAACUUGGAAGUCCCGUCGUGACCGCUGACAUUGAUGCGGAGGAGAACGAAAACCACAGCAUUUCAGAAAUAUUUUCCUUCUUGAAAUCGGUUUACAGGACGGCGGGUUUAGAUGAAGCACGAUAUAAAAGCUAUGGAGGUCGAGAAAAAGAGAAAUUCAGAGGAGUUUAAAGAGAACGGUUCUGGGAGACCCGAGGGUGAAUUAGAAAAAGAGUUGAAAUUCUAUCGAACAAGGUCUAGUGAGUUGGAAGAAAAGAAUAGGGAGGCUGAAGAUCGUUGUAGGGUUUUAUUAAUGGAAGUUGAGCAUAAAAGGAAAGACCACGAAACUCUAAAAGACAAGUUUAGUGAGUUAGAGCUUAGAAAACUUGAUGUUGAAGAUAGGCUAAGGGAGCACAUGAGAUCUUAUGACGACAUCAAGGAGCGGCUUACUCGUCUGGAAGAGGAUUACAAAGUAAGUUGUGAAAGAGAGAAAAGUGCAAGAGAAAGAAAUAUUAAUUUAUCGGAGGAGCUGAAGAAGAUGGAGCAAGAUACAAAGGAGAAACAUCUUCAACUCAAGAUGGAGAAUAUGGCCUUAGAGUCUGCUAAAAGGAGGGCUGAGAAUGAGAUUGAGAUUUGGAAGAAGAAUUUUAGAGAAGUGGAGUUGCGAGUCUCAAGGUUGGAGGAAGUGGAUUCGUCUUUGAGAUCUGAGGAGGCAGGAGCUGACUAUGACAAAGAGGAUUUAAGUAAUGUAAUCAAAAUACAAGAUGAAGAAAAUGCUGGAAUCAGUAAUUCUCACUUGGUCAAUCCGCAAACCCAAGAGAGAGAGCUAAAUGAUGAUGGAACGAUUAAAUCUUUUGGCAAUGAAGGGUCUAUUUGCUUUUCCCCAGUUGAAGAAAAUGAACAUGUUCAGGUCCGAGCUACAGGUUCACCUUCUAUUAAUAUGCGACUUAAGUCUUUGGUUAAUGAUCAGGAAGAGAAAAAAAGCAUUUCUUUAGAAACUGAGGUGCAAUAUGGAACUCGAGUUAGAAAGCAGUUAGUGUUUGAGAGAGAAGAGAACAACAAAAAGACGCCUCCAUCCAUGCUUAGUAAUGUCAUACCCAGACUCAUACCUGCAUCUGGGGAUGUCAUUGAGAUCAGUGAAAGUGAUGAUGAAAUGGGGGCUGCUACUUUGCCUACUUCUAACAUCAGAAACAGCAGAGUGACUGCUACUUCUGUUGACUGUUCUCUACGUAUUCUGAACAAUGAAAGGGAGAAGAAGUGCUUGAUGAAGGAAACCUCAGAUAAGAGAACGGGGGAAAAUGAGAGCAGUAGUGAGGAGAAUUUCCCAUUCACUUUAGCACCCAAAAGAAAACGGGCUUCCAAUAUAGUUACCAGUGAGAGUGAGGGUGAUGAUGAUGAUGAAGAUAAGAUUCCCAUUGCUAAACUUAAGAUGAUGAAACACCAAGAGUUAGGCUGUGAACCCUUAGAUUCUCCUACUUCUGGGGUUGUCAAUCCUGAAGAAUCCCUAACCCCACUGAGGCGGCGUAUAGUUACUUUGAGACAGUGCGAAGAAAAAAAGGGUGGGGUAGAAAGAACCUCUCUGAAUAAGUUGGCAAAUUGUGGUCCUAAAUAUCAGAAUCAAAUAUUUGUAACUGCUGACAAUGUUGAGGAGGAUGAAAUGGAAACUGGAUCAGAUAAUGAGAGUGAAAGUUUGUCUGGAUUUAUUGUUAAUAGCUCUGAUGAUUCAGAAAGAAAAAAUGAUUCUAGUGAUUCAGAAGAUUCAACAGAUGGUGAAGCCUUUUAUCAGAUAUUAUCAAGAAUCCGAAGGAACAAAAAUAAUAAAUCAGGAUGGGAAUAUGAGGCUGAUAUGCUUUCAUCAUUUGAAAAGGAUUCUGAACUGUGUUUGAAGGCUGUUUGUGCUCUUUAUCGCCAACAAACAUCUGAGGAAAAGUCAGCGAAGGGUUCUCUGUAUUACAAUAACCGAGGGUUUAAUAAGUUUGAUGCUCUCAGGGGCACCACAUUGGCUGAAUUUCUUACAGAUGGGGACCCACGUGGAGAUCUGAAGAAGUCCGUUGAGGAAUUGGAGAGGUUUGAUCCUAGAGCACUCGAAGAAUGCAAAAGACUGGCUGCUAAAUACUCCAAACAGUUAUUCAACAUUUACCAGAACAAGGAGGACCCUUUAUUUCUCCCUUCCUAAUAGGACUGGUUGUGAAUCCUGAUCAGAUAGGGCAGAGUUUAGACAUUCUGGUUUUCCUUAAAGUAAAUAGAGUAGGAUAGAGUGUUUGUAGUGUGCUUCAGUUCUUUGUUAAUGUUAUACAGGAGUUCAGAGAGAGGCUUGUUUUAUUUGCUAAUACGAUCACUGCUAUUAACAGCAAUGGCAUCCACCAUUGUGGUAGCUCUUUAUCCUCUUGUAGAAUCAUAUAACCGAUGGAUAGGUCCGUUUGAUCA